UUUUAUUUCAAUACUGUGACUUGACACACUUGACACUUGGUUAUUGGUACCGGUUUGAGAAAAAGUGGAAUGUGAUAAUCAAAAGGUGUAAAGGACAAAUCUACUAUGGCAGAUUUAACUACGAGGAUAACGCGAAAGUUCCAGCUUUACAUUUGGUGUAUGGUGUUUAUAAGUUUGCCAUGCUUAUCUGCGAAAUGCUUAAAUGUCGAUAUUUCAGUGAAUCUGUAUCCAGAAGGUACCUUAAAGAUUAAGUAUGGUGAACCAUUGGAGUUAUUUUGUGUUACAGACAGCAAUUAUUCAGCCAGUGAUAUUCACUUCAUAAAUGGCCGAAAUAAUAAAAAUAUGGACUCUGACAUAGUGAACAGUACUACACGGAGGUUAUAUAUUGCAAUGCCCGAGAAGCAAUUAACCACAUUCUAUUGCCGUAAUAAUAAAACAAAAAAAGUAUGUCUAGCUCGAGUUUUAGUGGAUAGUCCGCCAAGUGAUGUAACUGAUUUCAACUGUAUAUCUAAAAAUGUAGAUAUAUUAAAUUGUUCGUGGACUAGACAACCAUCGUUUAGCAUUAUCAGAUACACUUUAACUUAUUCUGUUAAUACCCUUCCUGUAAAUCCGCCAUGUGUACCUACACAGAUUGAAUCUACAGUGUACUGUGUAUGGAAGACAAAUAGCAUGCCUAGAUAUAGGCAACAAGAAGAGACUCAGUUCUUUGAUAUGACUGCUUGCAAUGCAGUUGGCUGCAACAGCCAGAACUUCACCGUAGAUCACUUUUCCAUUGUUAAGCCGGACAGUCCAUAUGAAUUAAAAAUACUUAAGUAUGGUACUCACAGUGUUUAUCUAGAAUGGAAAAUUUCUCAUAACAUUGUAGAUUUUUUGAGUUGUGGUGUGGACCAUAUAAUACAGUACCAAUUAGCUAAGGUGGAUAACGGAACACACUUUCGUACUGUAGAUACCUCAAAUUUACCUGCAAGAAACAGAACAUAUAGAUUUCAUUUAAUGGAUUUACCAUAUGCUCAUAUGCAGUACGAUUUACGCAUUUAUAUCAAAUCAAAAAUGGCAAAAUCUAGACAGUACUGGUCUGAUUUUGCAUAUAAACAUUUCACUACAUUAAGUGAAGAGCCAAUGAGACCGCCGACUAUAAUUUCAGGAGCGUUUGAUCAGUAUACUCGUGGUAACGAAUGAGUUAUAAAUGUUUAUUGGCAGGAGAUUGCAGAAAUCGAAGAGGGUGGUCCUAAUUUUAAAUACUUGGUAUUGGCAGCCCAGGGUAACCUGACUCAAAUGAUUCACCAUCGUAAAGGGAUGUAUCUGUCAUUAAAUGCAACUCCCAAUGCCUUAGAUAUCACUGCCUGGUCAUCCAAUGUAAAUGGCUCCUCUCUUAACAGCAGUCACAUAUAUAUUCCAUCGGAAAAGGAUACUCACUACUUAAAGGUGAGUUAUUUUACGAAAGUGGUUUAUGAAAAUGGAACUUACGAGUUGUCGUGGGAUAGUGUAAAAAAUAUAGACAAUUAUACACUUUUCUGGUGCGAACACAAUGGCAAUCAGAUAUGUAACGGUCGAAUUGACUUUGCUGUUUUAGACUCCGGAAAGACUAGGCAUAUUAUUGACUUGCCAUUAGAAUUUAAGUAUCAGUUUGCGAUAUCCGCGAUAAGUGGUAAGAAUAGUGGCGGUAUGACUUGGGCGAAAA